AUGUAUGUAAGCUAUAAAAAGAGUGAUGGUACACAAGUUAAAGUUCCAUUAGACAACAACUGCUACUUAAACUUAUAUGGAGACGAACAAAAGAAAUAUUUAAGAGUUUAUGAAAUGGCAGAUAUGACAUUGCCUGACCCAGCUCCAGCACCAUAUUAUUAUGACUAUGGAGAUGACGUUAGAACACCACAUGUAGAUGAACAAAAGCUAACAUUAUAUUUAGAUUUUUAUAGAUAUAAAAGAUAUAAUGCAAUAGAAAAAACGAGAAUAGUAUACUAUUAUGAAGAUGACAGAAAUAAAUAUUAUAGUCAAGACUUUACCUACCCUGAAAACAUAAGAUUAUAUUAUAAAAAAUAUUCUGACACAAACCAGAAGAAACCUGAAAUAGUUGCACUAUAUUUUAAGUUCAAAAGAGACAAUCCUAUAAUAUCUCAUAUGUUUGAUUUAAUGAACCCAGUAGGUUCUAUUUAUACAUCUAUGGAAGCAAGAGGUCCUCAAGUAAUGUUUGGUGUUGGUGCAUGGGAACAAAUAGUCGACAGGUUUUUGUAUUGUGCAAACUCUUCAAAGGAAACAGGUGGAAGUAAAACGAUUUCAG